AUGCGCGGAUCCGACGACCGCGUGGAGGUGUUCAAGCUGGCGGAGAACCUCUGGUUCGCCGGAACCGCGCAGCUGCCGCCGGCGCCUGAAGGCGCGGCGAGCCACAACGGCAGCGACGACGGCAGUGGGGAGAGCGGCGAGAAUCGGAGCGAGCGGAAGCUGCAAUCGGCCGCUGCAAGCGCACCAGCCCCUGGUGUGGAUCCCAUGGAGCAGCGAUUGGCGGAGGUGGGGGAACUUUCGGCGCGCACGACGGAGCUGAAACAAGUCGUGAAGAGGAAACCGGCGGUUGGGUUUCCCGCGAUGGUUGUUUCUUUGGUGCGCUGCCACGGGUGGUGGAUGGAGAGGAGGGUGCCGCAAAACACGUCAGUGUUAGGAGACUUCAUUAAUUCUAUGACGUGCACCUUUGAUCGCCAAGCCAAGCGCUUCUACCUCUCUGCCUCUUGGUCUUCAGGGGGAUUCAACAACACGUAUGACAAGAUUGGGCAGACGAGGAGGCGAGGCAACACAACAGUGGGCUCGGGGCUGAUAGUGGCAGCGUCAACCACGGACGACCCCACCCGGGACUGGAACGUCUUCUUUAUUCCCGGCUCGUACGCUCGCCCCCUCUUUCAUGCUGUUUCUCACAUUGCUCACCGUCUUGCACCGUUUCCCAUGACAUCACCCAACGACGGCAUCAACUCCAAUCCGGAUUGGAGGGCCCCUCUCCACUUUGACACAUCUCGACUCACCACUUUCCGUACGUUCGAUGGUGGUGUGCAGGACAGUGUGGGCGAAGGUACGGUUGAUGGCGCGGGUGAUGGUGAUGGCACGGGUGAUGGUGAUGGUGAUAGUGAUGGUGAUGGUGUGAGCGAUGGCUCGGGUGCUGCUGCUGGUGGGGAUGAUGGGACGUGCUAUGGUGGAACAUGCUAUGGUGGAACAUGCUAUGGUGGAACAUGCUAUGGUGGAACAUGCUAUGGUGGGAGUCUCCCCAUCCUUUUCCCAUCAUCUUCGUCCCCAUCUCUCCCCUCUUCCCCUCGUCUUCCCCUUCUCUCCCCUCACCUACCCCCUCCUUCCCCUCCCACUCCACUUCUCUCCUCCCCCUUCCUGCGCCUUCCUGUCCCACUACCUCCUCCCUUGCCCUUCCUCCCCAACCAGUGCAAUCGCCAAGCCACAGAUCCAAAGGCCAGAGAAUGCCACCAUUCUCCGCCUCGUCGUCCCUUACACUGCAAGCGUUCUCAGAAGGUCGCAGCAGACGGGGAAUACGACUACCGCCACAGCGGCACCAUGCAUUUCGGCUGGACUGCAGUCAACCCCACCCCCGGAGCUCCUAAAGAAACCGUGCUUGUCGCCAACUUUACCACAAUGGGGGCCUUUGCUAUAACGGGUACAAGCGCCCUUGGGACCUCUGAAGCCGAGACUGUGCUGCAAGUGGUGUUUCCAAGGAGGAGGCAGAUGUGGGUGAGCUUUAUGUCUGCCUUUGGCAAGGACAUGAGUGCUUCUGCCACGGUCGCUCGCCUUCGCUUGUCCUUGAGGCUCAAGUGCCGGUGGCGCCCGUUCCGGGUGUUUCUGGAGCGGUUCAAAGCGGUGGGGGUGGGCGGAGGGAACAGCCUCAUUCAGCCGAACAUCGCUCUCAACAGCCAAGGCGUGGGCAUCAUGGCAGCAUCGCUGGCAGGGCGUUCCUUCUACCCCUCAGCUGCCUAUGCCACUCUCAACGCCAAUGUGGAUGUCGGCCGCAUCAAUGUUGUUGGUGCGGGGAAAGUGCCUCUCGAUGACUACUUUGGGUACCUGAGUGACAGGAUGCUGUUUUCAAACUACAUGGCGGCAACAGUGGAUGAGGAGGGCAAUGCGUGGGCAGCAGUACAGUAUGUGGCGGGGCAGCCGCGCACCGAGUGGAGCAACUGGGGCACCUUUGUGUUCAAAGUCACCCUGCACGAGGGGGAGGUGGGGGGUGGGGGGAAUGGGGGGGAUGGGGUGAACGGGGAUAAUGGUGGGAAUGGGGAUACCAGUGGGAAUGGGGAUGACGGGGGGAAUGGGGAUACCAGUGGGAAUGGGGAUGACGGGGGGAAUGGGGAUACCAGUGGAAAUGGGGAUGACGGGGGGAAUGAGGAUCAUGAGGGGAAGUAG